AUGUCCGCCCACGUCCCGGCCUGGAAGCGAUUGGGCCUCAAGCUCAAGGGAUCUUCAUCGGGCGAAGCUAUCCCCAGCUCCGUCGGCCCCAAUUCGCGAGCAAAGCCCUCUGCGCAGACCCCCAACUCCCACCAAACCCGCAUAAACGGAAGUCCCGCGAGUGCGCUUAAAAGGAAGCAGCCGAGUUCUGCGUCCACGCCGAGCGCCGUCACAGCGCAAACGCCGAAUAAGAAACCGCGAAGGGAGGACCAAUCAGCAGCGGACCAAGGGACACCGUCAUCAUUGAGGAAAUCAGUGUCGUUCGCGAACGACACCAAGAACAACACCAAGGAAAAAGCCAAACCGAAGAAGGCGAAGAGCAAGAAAGCGAAAAAGCCCAGCAGCACUGCCAAAUUCGAUUUCAGUCUCGAGCCGUCUCUGGCCUACAUCCGCCAGUGGCACACGGCAAGAGAUUCGUGGAAGUUCAACAAAAAUCACCAGACCCUGCUGAUCAAGUACCUCUUUGACGGAGACAAGGUGCCCUCCACCGACAUCCCCAUCUUCUACGAAUACAUCCGCGACCUGAAGGGCUUCGUACGGACAAGGCUACGGGAAACGGCGGCCGAGAUCAAAAAGAAAGACAUGGAGGCCGGCGCGGGCGCAUUCCCCGCCGCCCUCAAGGACAAGGAGACCAAGCAAAAAGAGUACGAAGAGACAAUAUCCCGAUUCCUCCAGGACCUCCAACGACACCAACAACGCCGCCAAUCGAACAGCAAUUCCUCCUCCAAGAACGCCAAUGGCAAACGCAGCCUCGACGAAGUCGAAUACGUCCUGCGCGUCGCCACCCCAGAGAUCAAGCAGCGCUUGCUGAAGCGCAUCCGUGCGGAGCUCGUCGUCGACGAGCUGUCCGACGGCGAAGAGGAGAGCAGCACGUCCGCGGCCUCCGAAGGGGCGGCAACAACAACAGCAACCGAGACAUCCUCGUCAUCGGCCUCCUCAUCAGCGCGCGACCCCACCACCACCACCACCGCCGCCGCCGCUGCCGGGACUGGAACCGCCACGGGACGCAGCGACGGCUCCCAGCAGCCGGCGAAACGGCGCCGGUUGCGCAACGUGCGCACGGCGAUUGACGAUGACGACGACAGCAGCAGCUCGUCCGAGUCGGAGUCGGGGGAGAGCGGGUCCGAGGAGAGCAGCAGCGACAGCGACGACUCGGACUCGGACGACGAGAUGGAUCUGGCGCCGGACGGGACGGCGGCGGCCGAGUCGUCGAGCUCGAGCAGCAGUUCUUCGGCGUCGGAGGGGGAGUCGGAGGCGGAUUCGGACUCGGAGGGGGGGAGUGAGGCGGGGACUAGUGGUAGCGAUGAGGAUUGA